UAACAGAGCAAGUCAUCAACGACCCGGCAGCUCGUACAUACACAACCUUACUACGGAUACACUAUAUGGCCCGAGCUCUAUCCUGAAGCAGCCAAUGGCGGUUGUCGAUCGCCCAUGUGGCGCCGUUGCGUACUCCUUAUCUUACUACUCUGUCCUGCGCAGGUGGCGAGUGCACCAUGACAGAAUCGACGCAAUCGAAUCUAGUGUAAAGUAAUCAGGCGUCACAUAUUCACCUCCCCAGAUUCGACUUCGCUCUUCGCCUUAUUAUCAAAUGCCGAGCAGAUAAGCUCCCAGGCUACCCUAUGCCCACGGUAGAUGCCGCGCAGGGUUGAUCCUGAAACGCGGAAGCAGUCUAGAACCCGACGCAAGCAACGACCGCUCCGGGAACGGAACAAUGCCCCAAUCCGUCGUUUCCGACUUGGACUCACACAACGGUCGCUGCGACCACGGUCACCACCGCCAGCGCCAACACUGCGGAGACGCUAGAGCCCGCUCCCGCUCGCAGCGUCACCAGUCUCCAUGUACAUGUAGUACCCCGCGCGGGGAUGGUCGGUACCAGACCGCCCGGCGCCGGCCACCCUCCCGCUCCCCGUCAUGCGCGUCAGCAUGUUCCUUGUCGACCUACAGCACCGGCAACGGCAACGGCAACAACAAAGCCCUCGUGCCCCACGACCACCACCACUGUCCUCCCUCAAGGACAGGGGAGCUCGCCCGCACCCGAUCCCCCUCCCGACGCCGGGUUUCCAUGGACAGCGGGCCGGAGGAAUACACCGUCUACCCGGACGGGCGAAUCCGCGAGCACAGCCACGACCAUAAGCGGGGGAGAUACCGGAGCCGCGACCAGGCUCGCAGGGACCGCCGGACUCGGCGUUGGAGCAGGAGCAGGAGCAGGAGCAGGAGCAGGAGCAGGAGCAGGGACGUGCGUGGCGGUCGGUACCGGUACUGGCACAGGGAUGGGAGGCAGCGAUCGAAGGAGGAUGGCAAGGGGCUGUUGAUUGCUGCGUUGGUAUUUGUGGCAGGGAUGAUACUGUGUUCUGAUUGACCGUUGUUUUCGAGGCGCUUGGAGUUGAGGACAUGGAAUAUGAUACCACUUGUUAUGGGCGUGUGCAGGUGUGCAGAGUUGCACGUAAGCUCGGGAAGCACAUCCUCUGGCGUUUCGGAUUUGGAAAGAGAGGGAUUUCAAGGAUACCAUGAGAUAUCAUUGUCU